AUGGGAAAUUAUAAAUCUAGACCAACCCAAACAUGUACUGAUAAUUAUUCUUACUUCCUUAAAAAAGAAAGUGAAACUUAUGUUAUUAUAGUAGGAAGAUUAGAAGAUGAUCUGCAGACCAAGGAAAAAGAAUUUACAGAACUAAGGCAUAUAUUUGGCUCUGAUGAAGCCUUCAGUAAAGUCAACUUGAAUUACCGCACUGAAAACGGUCUGUCUCUUCUGCAUUUAUGCUGCAUUUGUGGAGGUAACAAGUCACAUAUUCGAACCCUUAUGUUAAAAGGACUUCGCCUAUCUAGACUGACAAGAAAUGGAUUUACAGCAUUGCAUUUAGCAGUUUACAUGGAUAGUGCAGAAUUGAUCACUUCCCUGCUUCACAGUGGAGCGGAUAUACAACAGGUUGGGUAUGGUGGCCUCACUGCCCUCCACAUUGCUGCAAUAGCUGGCCACCUAGAGGCGGCUGAUGUGUUACUGACACACGGAGCUAAUAUCAGUGUUCAAGAUGCAGUCUUUUUCACUCCAUUGCACAUUGCCUCAUACUGUGGACACGAGCAAGUAACCCGCCUUCUUUUGAAAUUUGGUGCUGAUGUAAAUGUAAGUGGUGAAGUUGGAGAUAGGCCUCUCCACCUAGCAUCUGCGAAAGGAUUCUUUAAUAUUGCAAAACUCCUAAUGGAAGAAGGGAACAAAGCAGAUGUGAAUGCUCAGGAUAGUGAAGACCAUGUCCCUCUCCGCUUCUGUUCUCGCUUUGGACACCAUGACAUAGUGAAUUACCUGCUCCAAAGUGAUUUGGAAGUUCAGCCUCAUGUUGUUAAUAUCUAUGGAGACACCCCUUUGCACCUGGCAUGCUACAAUGGCAAAUUUGAAGUUGCUAAAGAAAUCAUACGAAUAACAAGAACUGAAAGUCUGACUAAGGAAAACAUCUUCAGCGAAACAGCUUUUCACAGUGUGUGUAUCUAUGGCAAGGACAUUGAUCUGGUUAAAUUUCUUCUUGGCCAAAAUGUUGUAAACAUCAAUCACCAAGGAAGAGAUGGGCACACAGGAUUACACUCUGCUUGCUACCACAGUCACAUUCGCCUAGUUCAGUUCUUACUGGAUAAUGGAGCUGAUAUGAAUCUAGUAGCUUGUGAUCCCAGCUGGUCUAGUGGUGAAAAAGAUGAGCAGACAUGCUUGAUGUGGGCUUAUGAAAAAGGACAUGAUGCUAUUGUCACACUCCUGAAGCAUUACAAGAGACCCCAGGAUGAAUUGUCUUGCAAUGAAUAUUCUCAACCUGGAGGAGAUGGCUCCUAUGUGUCUGUGCCAUCCCCCUUGGGGAAGAUUAAAAGCAUGACAAAAGAGAAGGCAGAUGUUCUCCUCCUAAGGGCUGGAUUGCCCUCACAUUUCCAUCUUCAGCUCUCAGAAAUUGAGUUCCAUGAGGUUAUCGGCUCAGGUUCUUUCGGGAAAGUAUAUAAAGGACGAUGUAGAAACAAAAUUGUGGCUAUAAAACGUUAUCGAGCCAACACCUACUGCUCCAAGUCAGAUGUGGAUAUGUUUUGCCGAGAGGUGUCCAUUCUCUGCCAGCUCAACCAUCCCUGUGUAAUUCAGUUUGUGGGUGCUUGUUUGAAUGAUCCCAGCCAGUUUGCCAUGGUCACUCAGUACAUAUCUGGAGGUUCUCUGUUCUCGCUCCUUCAUGAACAAAAGAGGAUUCUUGACUUGCAGUCUAAAUUAAUCAUCGCAGUAGAUGUUGCCAAAGGUAUGGAGUACCUUCACAACCUGACACAGCCGAUUGCACACCGUGAUUUGAAAAGUCACAAUAUUCUUCUCUAUGAGGAUGGGCAUGCUGUGGUGGCAGACUUUGGAAAAUCAAGAUUUCUACAGUCUUUGGAUGAAGACAACAUGACAAAACAACCUGGGAACCUCCACUGGAUGGCUCCUGAGGUGUUCACACAGUGCACUCGGUACACCAUCAAAGCCGAUGUCUUCAGCUAUGCUCUAUGUCUCUGGGAACUUCUUACCGGGGAAAUUCCAUUCACUCAUCUCAAGCCAGCGGCUGCAGCAGCAGACAUGGCUUACCACCACAUCAGGCCUCCCAUUGGUUAUUCCAUUCCUAAGCCCAUAUCAUCUCUGCUGAUGCGAGGGUGGAAUGCGUGUCCUGAAACAAUGGUUACCAUGGGGAUUCAGGGGCAAGGGUACUUCAAAGAAAGCAUAAGAAGUGAAAGACUGGGUUUUUUAAAUGGAAGAGAGGAAAGUGUCCAGGAGAAUUGUCAUCGCAGCCUUCUGAGGGUCAGCUGGUGA